AUGGUGGAGGAAAUUCGAUCCAAUGAGGCAGAGAAAAUUAUGUAUGCAACAACAUCUUCGAUUCUGUCUCCAACACCACAAAGUUUCUUCCUUUCUCCUCGUCUUCCUCCGAUUUCGUUAUUCUAUCGGAUAAAUUUUCUGGGUUUUCCUGUAACAAAUUGCUGCUAUGGCGGCGAUUUCGGUCGAGCUUCUUUAUAUAAUCGACGGAGUUGGGAUCAAAGACGGAGAAGUCGAAUCAUAGUACCGAGAGCUAGAGUCUCUCCUUACGAGAUUCUUGGUGUGUCUCCGACGGCGACUCCUCAAGAUAUAAAGAGGGCUUACCGUAAACUUGCUCUGAAAUAUCACCCAGAUGUUAAUAAAGAGGCAAAUGCGCAGGAGAAGUUUCUGAGGAUAAAACAUGCAUACACCACUUUGAUAAACUCUGAGUCACGGCGCAAGUACGGGUCAGAGGGUCGUGCGUCUGGUUAUUCGUACUCUUCGGGUCAGACAAGCGGAAAAAGGAACAGUCAAGUCGAGGAAGAUUUCUAUGGACUUGGAGAUUUCUUCAAAGAUCUUCAAGAAGAGUUCAAGAGCUGGGAAGCUAGUGCGUCCCCACAAGGAACACCGAAAAGUCUUUGGGAGGAAUUAGCGGAAAUUGGGGAAGAAUUUGUGGAGUUUCUUGAGAAAGAACUUAACAUAACCGAUGAAGACAAUGAGGGAUCAAGCAAAAAAGGAGAAAGAUCUGCUUUUGACGAAAGCUCCUCUACGGAGAAAUCGUCAGGGAAUACUAAUAGCACGAAAAACAGUAUAGAAGAUAAUAUUGAUGAGAUCGAAGCAACCCUAGCUCAAUUGAAAAAAGAUCUUGGCUUGCAAUAAUCUCUAAACUUGCCGGAAAAUCUUUUUACGUAGUUGUUUAAGACACCUUUUGUCUUGUGACUAUGUAAUCUCUCAUAUUAUACGAAAAUAUAUAUUUUUGUCGAAACAAAUUUUUCUAAAUCAUAAAGCAAAAUAAUAAAAAAAAUCACAAUCCUAAAUCAC